UGCACAACCGGAAGCGGCUAAAGCAGAGAGAACGUCGGGUUGGCGCCGUGACUUUCAGUUUUCGUAGUUUAAACCUGAGCGUCUCAGGCCACGGUCCCGCACACGUGACGCCUGGCGGUCACUACGGACGUUGAAGUCCCCGCACCAGCGCCCCACACAGCGGAGCUCCUUGUCCCUGACUGUGUCCUGGGACAUAGGACAGGAGAGGGUGACCAUCUCAGUAUUUCAAGGUCCUUCUGCCUGUCAGUUGGGAGGAAGCAGAUGAAGGGCCUGUGCCCACACCCUUGAAGGCACAAUCUCAAGCUGCAGGAGUCAUUCCUCCCCAGAACGUCACCUGAGGGAACAACCCAGAGCAGGAGGAGGACGAGGACGAAAUGGCUGCUUCUCGGGGACGGUUGACAUUCAGGGAUGUGGCCAUAGAUUUCUCUCAGGAGGAGUGGGAAUGUCUGCACCCAGCUGAGCGGAAACUGUACACGGACGUGAUGCUGGAGAACUACAGGAACCUGUGCUCCCUGGGUCUUGCUGUCUCUAAACCAGACCUUGUUAUCUUUUUGGAGAGAAUGAAGGACGCCUGGGAUGUGCAGCGAAAAAAGGCAGUGUCCAUCCACCCAGCUAUGUCUUCUGCGGACUCCCAGGGCUUGUUGCCAAAACUGGACAUAGAAGAUUCAUUUCACAAAAUGCUUCUGGUAAGAUAUCGAAGGUGUGACCUUGAGUAUCUACCUUUAAUGAAAAAAUGUAGAGAAUGUGACAAAGCCUUUAUUUGGCGUUCAUAUCUUACUGAACAUGAGAGAAUUCAUACAGGAGAGAAGCCUUACAAAUGCAAACAGUGUGGUAAAGCCUUUUACCGCCGUUCCAAUCUUACUCGACAUGAGAGAAAUCAUACUGGAGAGAAGCCUUACAAAUGUAGAGAAUGUGACAAAGCCUUUAUUUGGCGUUCAAAUCUUACCAGGCAUGAGAGAACUCAUACUGCAGAGAAACCUUACAAAUGUGAGCAAUAUGGCAAAGCCUUUAGUCGGCGUUCACGUCUUGCUGUACAUGAGAGAAUUCAUACAGAAGAGAAGCCUUACAAAUGCAAACAGUGUGGUAAAGCCUUUAAUCGGCAUUCAGAUGUUACUAGACAUGAGAUAAUCCAUAGUGGAGUGAAGCCUUACAAAAGUAGAGAAUGUGGUAAAGCCUUCUGUCAGAGUUCAUGUCUUACUCAGCAUCAGAGAAUUCAUACGGGUGAGAAGCCUUACAAAUGUGAGGAAUGUGGAAAAGCCUUUAUUCAGUGUUCAAAACUUAUUAGACACGUGAGAAUUCAUACCGGAGAGAAACCUUACAAAUGUGAACAGUGUGGCAAAGCCUUUUCCCGCGGUUCACAUCUUACUCUACAUGAGAGAAAUCAUACUGGAGAGAAGCCUUACAAAUGUAGAGAAUGUGGUAAAGCCUUCUUUUGGAGUUCAUGUCUUACUCACCAUCAGAGAAUUCAUACGGGUGAGAAGCCUUACAAAUGUAGAGAAUGUAGUAAAGCCUUCUUUUGGAGUUCAAGUCUUACUCAGCAUCAGAGAAUUCAUACGGGUGAGAAGCCUUACAAAUGUGAGGAAUGUGGAAAAGCCUUUAUUCACUGUUCAGAACUUAACAGACACUUGAGAAGUCAUACUGGAGAGAAACCUUACAAAUGUGAACAGUGUGGCAAAGCCUUUACUCAACGUUCACAUCUUACUGUACAUGAGAGAAUUCAUACAGGAGAGAAGCCUUACAAAUGCAAACAGUGUGGUAAAGCCUUUAAUCAGCGUUCACAUCUUACUGGACAUGAGAUAAUCCAUAGUGGAGUGAAGCUUUACAAAUGUAGAGAAUGUGGUAAAGCCUUCUUUCAGAGUUCAUGUUUUACUCAGCAUCAGAGAAUUCAUACUAGAGAGAAGCCUUACAAAUGUGGAGAAUGUGGUAAAGCCUUCUUUCGGAGUUCAAGUCUUACUCAGCAUCAGAAAAUUCAUACGGGACAGAUGCCUUACAAAUGUGAGGAAUGUGGAAAAGCCUUUAUUCAGUGUUCAGAACUUAACAGACACUUGAGAAGUCAUACUGGAGAGAAACCUUACAAAUGUGAACAGUGUGGCAAAGCCUUUAAUCGGCCCUUUAUUUGGCGUUCAUAUCUUACUGAACAUGAGAGAAUUCAUACAGGAGAGAAGCCUUACAAAUGCAAACAGUGUGGUAAAGCCUUUUACCGCCGUUCCAAUCUUACUCGACAUGAGAGAAAUCAUACUGGAGAGAAGCCUUACAAAUGUAGAGAAUGUGACAAAGCCUUUAUUUGGCGUUCAAAUCUUACCAGGCAUGAGAGAACUCAUACUGCAGAGAAACCUUACAAAUGUGAGCAAUAUGGCAAAGCCUUUAGUCGGCGUUCACGUCUUGCUGUACAUGAGAGAAUUCAUACAGAAGAGAAGCCUUACAAAUGCAAACAGUGUGGUAAAGCCUUUAAUCGGCAUUCAGAUGUUACUAGACAUGAGAUAAUCCAUAGUGGAGUGAAGCCUUACAAAAGUAGAGAAUGUGGUAAAGCCUUCUGUCAGAGUUCAUGUCUUACUCAGCAUCAGAGAAUUCAUACGGGUGAGAAGCCUUACAAAUGUGAGGAAUGUGGAAAAGCCUUUAUUCAGUGUUCAAAACUUAUUAGACACGUGAGAAUUCAUACCGGAGAGAAACCUUACAAAUGUGAACAGUGUGGCAAAGCCUUUUCCCGCGGUUCACAUCUUACUCUACAUGAGAGAAAUCAUACUGGAGAGAAGCCUUACAAAUGUAGAGAAUGUGGUAAAGCCUUCUUUUGGAGUUCAUGUCUUACUCACCAUCAGAGAAUUCAUACGGGUGAGAAGCCUUACAAAUGUAGAGAAUGUAGUAAAGCCUUCUUUUGGAGUUCAAGUCUUACUCAGCAUCAGAGAAUUCAUACGGGUGAGAAGCCUUACAAAUGUGAGGAAUGUGGAAAAGCCUUUAUUCACUGUUCAGAACUUAACAGACACUUGAGAAGUCAUACUGGAGAGAAACCUUACAAAUGUGAACAGUGUGGCAAAGCCUUUACUCAACGUUCACAUCUUACUGUACAUGAGAGAAUUCAUACAGGAGAGAAGCCUUACAAAUGCAAACAGUGUGGUAAAGCCUUUAAUCAGCGUUCACAUCUUACUGGACAUGAGAUAAUCCAUAGUGGAGUGAAGCUUUACAAAUGUAGAGAAUGUGGUAAAGCCUUCUUUCAGAGUUCAUGUUUUACUCAGCAUCAGAGAAUUCAUACUAGAGAGAAGCCUUACAAAUGUGGAGAAUGUGGUAAAGCCUUCUUUCGGAGUUCAAGUCUUACUCAGCAUCAGAAAAUUCAUACGGGACAGAUGCCUUACAAAUGUGAGGAAUGUGGAAAAGCCUUUAUUCAGUGUUCAGAACUUAACAGACACUUGAGAAGUCAUACUGGAGAGAAACCUUACAAAUGUGAACAGUGUGGCAAAGCCUUUAAUCGGCGUUCACAUCUUACUAGACAUGAGAUAAUCCAUAGUAGAGAGAAGCGUUACAAAUGUAGAGAAUGUGGAAAAUCCUUUGUUCAUUGUUCACAGCUUACGCGACACAUGCGGAUUCAUAAUGGACGGAAACUUGAAAAGUGAAGAAUUUGGAAAACCUUAUUGCUGGACCUACAGCCUCCCUCAGUAACUGAGAAUACGUACUGGAGAGAAAUUCUCCGUUUCUAAUACAUGAUAAAAGACCUUCAUCCAAAAUAUGUGCUUCAGAAUACCCCACCGAAUUCAUGCUACAAAGUGACUUUAAAGAUGUUAAAAAAAUAUGGGGAAGUGCUUAAUCAAAACUCAGCUCUGAAAUAUCAGAGAAUUGAUAUCAGAAUGUAGUAAGUGAAGAACACUUUUGACAGAUUACUGUAAAUAAGAGUACUUAUAAUAAAUAAGCAAAUGUUAAAAAACUUAGAAGUCUUCCUUUUUAAUCUGUUUCAACUUAUCAAGGGGAUGGAUGUUGGACAGGUAUAAUUGCCGUCAGUGUAUUUUUGUUUAUUGGAAUUACAUGAGGUAGAUUUUCAAAAGGAAAUGUUAAUGUGAUUCCAGCAUGAAGUCACUUGACACUAUAUUUUUACACCUAGUGUGUGUGUGAAUCAUGGGUUGAUUGUUGCUGCCUCAAAGAUGUGAGAGCCCUUGUAUGUUGGGUGGGAUUCACUCAGAUCUCCUUUUCCCUGGAAGACUGAGGGCACUGUAAUACACAAUGUAUGAAGAAAUCUAAAUGGAGAUGCUGUUUGGUUGACUUAGAACAUUGAUGUAAGUCACUGUGAGGUAGGUG